UAUGUUUGAUGUCGCUACGGCGGCUCGUCUCGUGGAAAAGGUUUGGACAAUUUUGCCCCUGUCGCUGAAGUCGUGAAACGAUUUCGGGCACUCUUGUUGCCGCCGCCGCCGCCGCCGCCGCCUACGGAUUUGGGGAUGGAUUUGGGCUCGUGCUACCUAGGCGGCAACGCCGACGCGGUGGAGUUCUGCCCGCACCGCCCGUUCCGCCACGUGCUCGCCGCGGCCACCUACACGCUGCAGGAGCAGGAGCAGGACCGCGCGGGCAGCAUCUCCCUCUUCUCCGUCGACGCCGCCGCGGAGGACGAGUCCCAGCGGCUCCGGCUGCUGCAUACUGUAGGGACCGCCGGCGUCUUCGAUAUGAAGUGGAGCCCCGCGUCGCCACUGCUUGCGCAGGCCGAUGCCCACGGCCGCCUCGCGCUCUGGCGCCUGGAGCAGGACGACGGCUCGGAUACAGGCUUUGUCUUCACGGAUGUGUGUGCUGAAGAUAUUUCUUCUUCAAUGUGCCUGUACGUGGACUGGAACCAAACUGCUGAGUCUCUGUCUGUCGGAUUAUCAGAUGGCUCACUGUCUGUGGUCUCAGUGAGAGAGGACCGAUUGGAGAUAUCAGAACAGUGGCCUGCACAUCAAUUCGAAGUCUGGACAUGUUAUUUUGAUCGCACAAGGUCGCACCUGCUGUACAGUGGAUCAGAUGACUGCUGUUUCAGUUGCUGGGACUUGAGAGAAAGCCCAUCUAGCAUUGUUUUUCAAAACAAAAAGUCUCAUAGUAUGGGUGUUUGCUGUUUUGCUCAGAAUCCAUUUGAUGAGAACAUGCUACUUACUGGAAGUUAUGAUGAAUUUCUCAGAGUUUGGGACAUGAGAUUAAUGCCAAAACCUGUUAAUGAAAAGUUGGUAAAUCUAGGAGGUGGUGUGUGGAGGAUGAAGUAUCAUCCUAGUAUUGCAGAUGUUGUAUUGGCUGCAUGCAUGCACAAUGGGUUUGCCAUUGUUAAAGUAGGUUCUGGAGAUGCUACGACAAUGGAAACAUAUUGCAAGCAUGAGUCCCUAGCAUACGGUGCAGAUUGGCAGAAAAGUGAAGGAGCGGAGGAGAAUGGAAAUUCUUCAGUUGUUGCUACUUGUUCAUUUUAUGACCGCCUUCUCCGUGUGUGGCAACCAGGGAACCUAGCUGAGCUUUAAGGGAAAGCUUCAUCUUACUCAAUUCAAGCAUGACUACGCCACGAAGCUAUUUCCUGAAUGAACCAAUAUAAUUUCAUUCAGGUAUCUCUUUGAACCUAUGCUUGCGUACUGUAGUCAUGAGCUUAUCCGGAUUCCGGACACUGUUUUCAACUAGGCUCAUUGAUCUUAGCAUUGGUUGUCAGCUUCCUCCUCACUGCAAAACCAUAAUGUUUUCCAUUGAUGUUAAUUGGUGAGAAGCUAUCUUGGAAUUUGAUUUUUUGUUGGUCAAGAUAUCAGGGAAUGGUACCUUACCAGACGCUGGUCCAACUGGCUCAGUUAUGUAUGUGUUCUUUAUCCUGCUUAUGACUAAGAAGGGAAAUGCUCAUUGCGUUACCACAAGUGUAUUCAUGCUCAAGAUAUCAGACAUGGCAGUCUCUAAAUGCUUGGCAGUAUGAACAGGCACAGUUUUUUUUUAUGGUUGGCGACUGAUGUAACAUCACGAAUGCUCUCUGUAUGGUACCGGUUUUUCAAACUUGUGAUGAGGAUCACCUUAGUAGCUUAACUUUUCCUUUUCUCAUUAUAUGUUGACACAGUCAUUCUUCAGUUGGAAGCUCUGAAUCUACUUAUCAUUUCAGAAACUAGAAUUGAAAUAAAAGUAUUAGCAAUGGCUGUGGAUUGAAAAAAAUGAAUUGUCAUUAACAUUCUGUACCAGCUAAAGAAAGAACCAGUUUACCAGUUUGUGCAUAAACAUGAAACAUCACGUAUAAAUUAGGAGAUUGUACAGCAUCAUAUGAGCCUGCUAAUAUUAUGAAUUUAGAACUAAAUUUAAGCAAUGAAUCUAUUUGACUUCUGCCAUUCAGUGUAUUCAUAGCAUGGCUAAAAAAACAUGCACUAGCUUCAUAAGUUUUGCUGGUAAAAUUAGCUCUCUUUGCUGGAAGUGUGCCGUGGAUAUGUUGAACUAAUCUUCAGUCAAGGUUUGUAACAUUUUCUUGAUUUUUCAUAAAAAGUUCAACUGCGUCUGGAGACCAGCAACUUGAGUUAAAUACAAACUUUGGUUUCUAGUGCCUACAUUGGAUGGUUUUGAAAUCAACAGUGUUCAUAUUCAAUUACUAGUGGCAAGCUACUGACAGGGACUUGGAAUGCUAGUCCUUAUCACUCAUUAAGUGCAUUUCUGUGAGGUUCUUCACUAUCUUCACACCUCAGCCAUCUAUUAAAAGGAGCCACAGUUCAGAAAUUCUGUUGGUGGUCCACCUGUGCAUGCCACAAUAGGUGGUAGUGAUUUCCUCUCAGUCCUAGUGGAAACAGUCAUCAGUACACGUAGAUUGUCUUUAUUGUCUUUUGAAUUUAUAUUUCUGUAUAUUUAAGGAUGGUUUAGUUGAGACUCGAGAGUGCUACACUGCUACUUGCAUGAAACCGAGAUCUUUUCAACUUCAAUAGCAUCGUAUCAGGAGCUGAUUUAAGUAGAUGGAGGGACAUCUAAUUUACACUUCAAAAUUAGGAAGUGCAAUGCUUUGGAUAAGCAUGAGCUAGUGGCUGACCAGGAGGAAGGCCACAUUGCUCUAGCUCCAUAUUGUUAAAAGUAGCAGCUCGAAAGGUGGAAAGUGCUCCUUUAGCUUUUUGUAAAGACAACCUUUUCCCCCUAUUGUUUAUCAGUAGAUUAGUUCCAUAUCACUUACUGAAUAUUGUUUGUUGAUAAAAAAGAAUAUUGUUUGUUGAUAAAAAAGAAUAUUGUUUGUUGAUAAAAAAGAAUAUUGUUUGUUGAUAAAUUAUCACUUAACGACACUUACGCAUCAGGUUUACUCCUACAUAACUGAAAUAUUGUUUGUUGCUAAAGACAACUAAACCAGGAACUGAAUGCGUACCUCAGUUGUAAAAGAGGUACUUCUUAUUUAUACUGUUAUAUCCUCAGAACUGGAACUGGAUAGCACUAUAUUAGUAGUGCUCGCAGAUGUCCAGCUUAUUAUAUGUUAUGCAUUGUUCUCUUGAGUAACUUCAUGAUAACAUUAGGUUUGCAAGUGGAAUGAGAAUUUAUCAGGAGAAGGAAUAUAGUCGGAAUUGACGUGUGCUGAGGCAAGAACAGCAUUGUUGUAACUGUGAGUUCCAGCAAAUGAGCACUUACAACAGUAAACUUUGGUUCAACUUUUAUUGUCCUUUCUCCACUAAAACAUGCCGUGCUGACCAAUAUAAAAUACCACCAUGAAGUUUCUCAGUUCUUGCAAUAUAUUUAGCUGGACAGUCACCUGCAGACAUCAUCAAGCUUACCAGGGUAUAUAAGGUACCCCUCUCCCCUCCCCUUGUUCUCAGCCCCCAUAGACCAUGGCAGAUGCAUGGCUUGAGCAUCUACAUGGUUCUUGAGAGCUGAAGAGAAUGAAGAUGGAGGGUGAUAGCUGAGCUCCUCAAGAAGCAUUCAGUUCUAUGGUGGUGGUCAGCUGAGGUACGCAUAAACCGGCAAGUCACAAGAUGGCAAUGGCGAACUCCAUCCGGAGUCCUCCCGUUUUUUCUUUCACCUCCUAGUUGUGUCAGGGGGUAGCGAAAUGGAUAACCUUAAGUAUUCGUGUGUGUGAUGGAUGCAUGUAUACAUUGCUGAGCCCAUGUUCUCAUGUGUACUCUAGAAACAUGAUACUAUGAAUGAAAGAUAUGAAAAUACUUUGUUGCUCA